GUCCUCCGUUUCACUUCCCCAUCUUUCAUUUCAAGGUGGAGCUCUCACUUUCUGAUUGGCAUCUCAAUUCCCUCCUGGUGCCUUGCCGAGUCGGCCUGCUCGGAAAAGAUGGCGAUACUCGGCACAUUUGAGGCUCAAGUCAUUGUCAAUGGAGUACCGGCAGCGGAGUACGAUGACGACGAAGAACCAGUCACAAAUGGCCCAACUUUGAUUACCAAAUAUGUCGAGGCUGUCUCAGACGCCCUCUUCGCAUUCAAGGUCAAGAUAUCCCCAACUUAUAAGUUCACCAAUGAAGAUGGACUGGCUGUAUACGCCUACAUCGAUGGGCAUUCUGAAGGUGGGAGGAUCUCAAGACGACAGGAUUUGAAAACUGCAACACCAGCACUCGUGGUGGAUGGCCACCUUCAAACAGAGAACGGCCGAUUCAAAAACUGCAUGUUCAAGUUUGCUGAUCUUGAGACCCGUGACUUAGAAAAGGGAGACGAUACUUCGAUGUUCAAGGAAAAGUACUCCGAGCUUGGAACCCUCAGAGUCGAGAUAUGGCGAGCGCGGAUCACCGGCGAAGCUGAACCUACCAGAUACGAGGCGAAGAAGAACGAAGUUGUUCCCGAAAAGGCCUUGAAAGGUCGACCACUCGACGUCGUUACGAGCUAUGCUCCUGUAGACGUGCCGAUGGAGAAUACCGUCCUCGUCAAGCUCAUGGACAGCAAACACCUUGCAAAAUUCAUCUUUAAGUAUCGUACCAGACGUGCGCUUCAAUCUUUGAUGAUCAUAGAGAGGUCCCCGACGCCACUGCCACUCGAAGAACGACCCGUCGAAGAGCUGACUAGGGAGGAAAUGGCCGAACUGCUGAGAAGACAGAACAGUUCAGAGUCAAGCAAGAAUACGCCGGUCUGAAACGCGAGCGUGCCGGAACGAUUACAGACCCACGCCCACUCAAGUCUAGCAAGGGAGAGAACGGCGAGACGAUCUACCACUUGGAUUCUGGUUCCGAUGACGAAGAAGAAGAGAAGGCGAAACCAGAAGUUGAGG